CCUUUGACUGCUGGUAUAAGAACGAGCCAUUUUCUGCUCACUCACAUUGGCAGAAGAAUUGAAAGAGAGAUAAUGGCUGGCUGGCAGUGUUUCCUCGCUAUUUUCUUUAGUGUUCUUGUUUCAGUGUCUGCUUUUCCUUCCCAGAAUGUGAAGGAUCAGCAGCAAAUUGCUCAAAAUGUGGAAGACAGACCUUUGGAAAGGAAAGUUGAUACAAGUAACACAGAAUUGCAAUCCAUCAUAGCCUUCGCUAUACAAGAAUUUAACAAGAAGUCUUCAUUCAUCUAUAAAAUUGUGCAGUAUCUGAAAGCUGAUGUACAGGCAGUUGAAGGAAGUGUAUACGUUUUUGAUAUCAUUUUGGGAAAAACUGAUUGCCCAGUCGUCAAAAAUGCGAAGCCAGAGUCAAACUGCCAAAUAAUUCAGACUGAUGGCCAGGCAGAGUUCUACCUGUGUCACUUUAUUGGCUGGAAAACUCCUGAUUCUGACAAGAAACAGAUAUUGUCAAGUAAUUGCAAGAAACUUGAUCUGUAAUGCUAGGAGUUCAGACUCUACAAUGAAGAAAAUGUACCUGAGUCAAUCUUUUACAAUUUUCUGUGCUGAAUUAACAGUUAACGUUAAGAUCCUUUUAUCGGGUUAUUGAAAUAUCAAAGCAUUGAUGGCUUGAUGAAAUAUCUAAUGUGUGUAAGACCAGCCAGUUGACUCUCUGGUCUCUGAAAUAAUGGGACUGUGAAAAGUCAAUUAAUUGCUUUAAUAUGAGCAGCUCUUCAUAAUAAAGUCUUGAUCAUGCCCAAAACA